UGACAGAAUCAGGCCUUUCUAUGGUUGACUGGCACCUGGUGAAAGAGAUGAAACCCCCGAGAACACAGCAGGAGUGGGAAGCUGAGUUCCAAAAGUACCAGCAGUUCCCGGAGUUUAAAAUCCUGAAUCACGACAUGACACUGACAGAGUUCAAGUUCAUUUGGUACAUGGAGUAUUCGCACCGUAUGUGGGGCCGUGUUGUGGGUCUGGCCUACAUUCUCCCGGCCGCCUACUUCUGGCGGAAGGGCUGGCUCAGCCGCCCCAUGAAGGGCUGUGUUCUUGCACUCUGCGGGCUGGUCUGCUUCCAGGGGCUGCUGGGGUGGUACAUGGUGAAGAGCGGGUUGGAAGAGAAACCAGACUCGUACGACAUUCCUCGAGUCAGUCAGUACCGCCUGGCAGCACAUCUCGGCUCCGCGCUGGUUCUGUACUCUGCCAGCCUGUGGACGGGGCUGUCCUUGCUGCUUCCGCGACACCAGUUACCUGAGACCCAUCAGCUCCUUCGCCUGAGACAAUUUGCUCAUGGCACUACAGCUCUCAUUUUUCUCACCGCUCUUUCAGGUGCCUUUGUGGCAGGGCUGGAUGCUGGCCUUGUGUACAAUUCCUUCCCCAAAAUGGGGGAGCGCUGGAUCCCAGAUGAUCUCCUUGCCUUCUCCCCUGUGCUGAGAAAUAUCUUUGAGAAUCCCACAACUGUACAGUUUGAUCACCGGAUCUUGGGAAUUGCCUCAGUCACAGCUGUCACAGCACUGUACCUCUUCUCGCGGAAGAUCCCCCUCCCUCACAGGACCAGGAUGGCAGUGACUUCCUUAUUGGCUGUGGCUUGUGUGCAGGUGGGCCUGGGCAUCAGCACCCUGCUGCUGUAUGUCCCCACGCCUCUGGCUGCCACACACCAGUCGGGCUCUCUGGCGCUCCUCAGCGUGGCACUCUGGCUCAUGAGUGAGCUCCGGCGAGUUCCCAAGUAACGCGCCGGAGGGGGAGCCCUCCCGGGGAAGCUGUGCCUCAGCCCGGAGGCGGCAGAGACACCCACCCCGGGGGCACGGGGGGAUGU